AUGUCACCAGGCACUACCACGACAACAUCUCGACCAGGCACAUCAUCUUCUUCUUCACCAUCAUCGUCAUCCCUAGCAUCAUUCGAAUCAGAAUUGUACCUCUCAAGACCAUAUUUCACUAGGCGACAAAUCUCCAAACUACAAUCUAAAACAAUCACAGACCACAGAUCAUACAACUCCAAGAAGCUAACCAUAGUCAGAUACCUUUCAGACUUAUGUGUCCAUUUAAGCUUCCCCAGGAAAACAUUAGAGACAGCAAUAUACUAUUAUCAGCGAUAUCAUCUAUUCCACCCCUUUGAGACGGAACUUACAUAUACAUUAGCGUUAGGUUGUCUAAUAUUAAGUUGUAAACAAGUAGAAACCAUUACGAAGAUCAAUGAUAUCGUUAACCUUUCGUUCGUCCUAAGGAAUGGGAAACCAUUACCCAUGACGUCGCCGUCUUCCGCAGUGGAAUUAGAGAAUAUGAAGAAGAGGAUUUUCAAUCUUGAAUUGAAAGUUUUGAAAAGUUGUUCUUUCGACUAUAGAAUCAAUAAUUAUAUUCAUAUUGAUGAAUUCAUAAUUAAAUUUGGUCAGAAGUUAAAUUUCCAUUUCCAAAUUUGUCAUCUGGCCUGGAUCAUUGAGUAUGAUGUGUUUAAAUUGGAUUUAUUGUUGAUAAUCCCACAACAUGUUAUAGCAUUAGCGACUUUGAAAUUGGCCACUGAAUUAUAUGGCCAAGAUUUGGAGAUUUGGAACAAAUUGGAAACAUUUACUAAUUUGCAAGUGGAGAAGUUAUCUUUUAAACAGGCUUAUUUCGAUAUUUUAAAUUUUUAUAUUAAUACCUUUGAUCUUUGUGAUUUGAAGGACAAUUUACCCACCGACGUUCCACCGAUAAGCAUUAAUGAAUUUAUGGCUUUGAAGAAAAGAGCAGGCUCCGAGGUAGGAUUGGAAGAUAUAACUAACAAUACAUCCAAGUUCCAACAGGAGAUAGUGGAUGCGGAUCCCUACUUGAAUAUUAACCAAAAUGAAUUCAAAAUGGCUAGAGAGAAAAGAUAUGUCCUAUCUCAAGACUUAAUUGAACAGGAAGUGAUUUCAUUGAAAAAAUGA